GGCAGGCCCAUGAAUGUGUAGAUCUGGCAGUGAAUGCCUUGACACGUACGAUGAAAGCAAGCGAAAGCAAGCAUGUUUGUGUGUUCCGGUGUGUACACGUGAUCCUGACAGAGAUAAAACACCGUGGUGUGAGAGACAGCACAAGAGCAGCGACGGCAUGCAGGCAGGCAGGCAGAAGAACUACCCAUGAACUGCAAGGCGUGCAGGCAGGCAGGCAUCUCAGCUCAUGCGACAGACGCACAUUGUCAGGCAGAAAGGGGCCACACACCGCAACGCACCAACCAAUAGUGCCUACCGAGUACCGCAGGUCGCAGGCCUACAUCGCAUAUAUCCGAUAGUGUAGAGCUCUAAAAUUGCUUCUUUGUACAUGGCAAUCUACACGUCCGUCCACCGUCUGUACGUACGUGGGUAUGCAUGCACAGCCAGGUAAGGUAAGCACAUGUAUGUAUGUAUGUAUAAGUACUUACGUACGUGAGACACCGCAACGCCCACUUACAAACAGAUGAUAGAUAGUUCUAUCCAGUUAGAAUAUCAAAAUUAGUAUCAGGCAGAAAACAGAUCCCACAACUCACUCAGGGAUUACGAAUGCUCAUCGCCCCCUGUCCGUCUGUCUAUUUGUCUCCUCCCUGCCCCUCUGACUUCCAAAAUGUGGGAUCGGUCAUCUGCUGAUAGUACCUGGGGCCUCUCGGCCCAGGCACAGGAAGUGAGCUAGCCCGACCUGGCGGCUGAGGCCGCACUGGCACCUGCCGGGCUUCGGCGGAAGUCGUGUCGAAGAAGCCCACGGCACCGAUUGGGGCAGCCUGCUGCUGCACAGGAGUGGGGGCGGGAGAUGGGGUGGUGGACGAUGAGGCCGCGAUGCCGCUGCCCUCCGUUGCAGAUGACGCCACAGAGCCCUGGGUGGUCAGCUCUGGCCUGGUGUCUGAUGGUGGCCGCGGCGGGUGCGAGACUGAGGGUGCAGCCUGGGGUAUGGGCGGAGACGACUUGUCGGUCGAUGCGCCGCUGGACGAGGGCGACUCGACGGACACCCUCCGGGGGACAGAUGAAGACGGCGGGGCGGAUGAGGAGCUCGGCGCGUCUGGAUCGCCCGACAUGGCCGCAAGCUGAGGGCGCAAGCUCUCCAUGACCUCGAGAGCCCUGUCAGACAUGGGCGGACACACGGACAGAAUGGCGAAUGGACUUCUGUGUGUCUUGUUCGCACGCACGUACCUGCGGCUGGCUUCUUCCUUGGCCUGCAUCUUGUUGGGCUGCCAGGUGCCAGAGGUGGGCGGCAGGGAGGGCAUGGGGGGGAAUGACACGGUCGCCUUGAACUGGGGGUGCCGCUGAUUCUCGUUGUCGAUGAUCUCGAACUGCAUCGGACGCUCCUUUUUGCGAAGCCUGACAGACAGACAUGCAUCCACAACAAAUAUGAUGCUCUCCUUGGUCAUUGCUGUCUUGGUCGUGUCGUGUGGUGCAGCGGACCGGCAGACGUUGAGCAGGAAGACAUUCAGCCUAGCCACGUAGCCAGACAGCGGCCUUGGCCCUCGCCCCUCCUCCCUGGCUCUUUCCCCUUCUCCGCCGCUCCCCUCGGACCCCUUCCCCUCUUCAGCCUCCCCUUCUAUCGCUUCGGCGGUCACGCCGGGCACAAAAGGGUGCGGCGGGAUGACCACAUGCACAUCGCGAGAGGAAGGGCUACGGGGAGACGACGGCGGCGGCUCCACCACCGCAGUCAAAGGACGCCUCGGAGAUACCACCCUCAGUGGAGACUCCUCGAGAAUCGGUGGGAUGGGGAUGGGCGGCUGUGGGGCCAUGGGUGGUCUGAAUGCCAAAGGGGAGGGCGUAGGCAGCGGUCGCGGUGGCGUCUGAGGUUCCACAAACAGCCGGGAUGAGGGCGGCAGGCGAGAGGCCAGGGGCGGGGGAGGGGGUCUCUGGACCGCAGGAGGGGGCGGGGACAGCACUGGGGACUCAGCCACUACUGGUGGUCUUGCCGGUGGCUCGACCAGCGGCGGCCGUGCGGCCGGUGGAGCUGUAGUGGGGGACACAUCUCUGGACGCCUCCCUUUCUUCUGCCUGCGCCUGCCUCUCCUGGAGUGCGGAUGUCUGCUCCCGCAGCAUAUCCCUCUCAGCAGCCAGGCGCGGCAGCAAGGCGUCCAAAUCAGUUGUCCUGCACACCACAUUAAUGACAUUCAACCAAUACAAACAAGAUUGAUUGAGAUAAGAGAGAGAAAUGCAUUCAGCCGUGCCGUGCCCUGUGUGGUCUUUUGUCCUCCCACGCCCACCUCUGCUGCAGCGCGACAUUGUGUGUCUCGAGAUCCUGUCUGUACCUCUGCGCCUCUUCGGUCUGCUGCUCGAGUGUGGCCCUGUGUACGGCCCACGACUGCUCGGCCAUGCGCAGGUUGAAGUUGGCCGUGAGGAGGGACGUGAACUGCCGUGUGGUCCGCGCCUUAAGGUCAGACAGGUAGCGAUUCUCGCGCUGCAGAGCUGACAUCUCGUCCUGCUGCGCCUGGAUGCUGACCACACAUUUAAAGCAUCCAUCCAAUCAUGGCUAUCCAUCGGUCGGUGAAAGAUAAGCAAUGUCAGUCAGCUCAUUUUCUUACCACUGCCGCAGCCUCUGCUGUUCGGCGAAGAGGGUCUCCACUUGCUGCCGCUCGUCUUCGGACAUGGCUGCCGACGGCGUGCCCUCCUCCCCCCGGGCCUCCCUCUCGGCGCGCAUCUCGAGCAACAUCUGGUUCUCCCUUCUCGCUGCCUCCAACUCCCUCUGCCGGCUGGCGUGGCUGUUGUGCAGCGCCUGCAAGUCGUUUGUCAGUGACGACGCCUCCCAACGGGCGGCUUCCAGCCUAACACAACUCACACAGCACAACGACGUCAAUAGAGUCAGUCUGCAGGCGACUGAGUGCCGUGCUCUCACCUCCCUCUCCAGUUGGCGGCUUCUGCACGGGUGGGCUGUGCCGCUGCUGCUGCAGGAGGAAGGGGCAUCUGAGCAGGCGCCUCGCCUCUCCACAGGGGAGGGCUUCGUGAGGCGGUGGCAGUCCGCCCUCGAGCUGCCACUGGGAAGGGGGCUGAGGGGGGGUGGGAAAUGGGAGUCUCGGCCGAAGCGGUGCCUUCCGGCGGGGUCUGAGCCUGGCCUUCGGGCGGCUGCGCAGGAGGCUCCAUCCACCUCAGAGAUCCACUUACACAAAACCCUUGGCACCGAUACGCAAGUACGCAAG